CCAAUCCAAGUCUCUCCAAUAUCCUCUGCUUCUAAAAUGAACUGGGAGGGACUGUGCGGAAAGCAGGUUGGUUUUUGCUGCGGGUGCGGAGAGCAGGUCAUUAACUACUGCUAGUCAUUUUGGCUGAGAGAGAGAAAAGGGAUGCAGGAGGCAGCAAGGGAAGAGGCAGGCACAGAAAGCGGAAGUGGCUUUUUUAGAUGGUGAAAUUUUGAUAUUGUUGAAAACGUUGCUAAAGAAUGGUUGCAUCGCCGCUACAGCUUUGUAUCCAUUCUCGGUGCGAAUAGACGUAGCAGACCACUGCCUGGCUGCAGGAAGGUGAAAUUUCCCUGGACCAGCUGGAGAUUCUGAAAACAAACGGCACGACCUUGCUAUAAUAAAAGCAGGAUUGCUCUUUAUUUUUUUGACAGUGCAACGUUAGAGCAAAUGAACUGAGGUAUUGGAAGUAAAACAACAACAACAAAAAAAGCUCACACAUUUGAGUAAAAAACAAAUAACCAGAACUUGCAAUAGGAAAUGAUGAUGGGUCACAAGUCCACACAUACAGACACACACAAAGACGCCCACCAACAUGACUCUGGGGGUAUUGUUUCUAAGCUCCGCCUGCAGGGUGGCUGUGGAUGGGUUAGAGUAGUGUGACAUGUGUAGCUGGUAAAAGCCCGGUACUGCGGCACAGCGCGGAAACAACCCAGCAAAAGAAGCCAAGAGGAAAACUGCAAACAGACAGACGCCGAUAUGGAGAGCCACAGGAUAGACCGCCUUCUUGAGCUCGACAGAAUGCAACCAUGAGUCUUAUGGCAUAGUGUGUGUGUGUGUGUGUAUGUGUGUUUCCUUUUUUUUGUGAACGUGCAUUCGGAAAUAUGCAGCUGUGGAGAAGGAGAGAGCUGCAUUAAACAUGAUGAAGACCGAAGCAUCCUCAGCAGCCAGCCUGCGGAGUGCCUCUCCCCAUCGCAAUGCCUACGAGGCGGAGAUCCAAGCGCUGCAGAAGCCCAGCCAGACGAGCAACGGGGAGGAGAAGCCGGGCGAGGAUGCCGAGUGCAGGAAGCAGAGCAGGGGCAAGAAGUACGGCUCCAACGUGCACAGGAUCAAGAACAUGUUCCUGCAGAAGAUGAGCACCCCGCCCAACGAGGCCACCGGCAUCCCGGGCAAGGGCAAGGAGAGGUCCGUCAAGUUGUCCCUGCCCAGGGCCAGCAGCCUCAACGAGAACGUGGACCACAGCGCCCUGCUCAAACUCGGCACCAGCGUGUCCGAGAGGGUGAGCCGCCUCGACACCAAGUCCGAGAGACCUCUCUCCAAGCUGCAGGAGACCAGGAAGAUGUUCGAGAAGAACAUCCAGGAGAAGAACCUGUCCAACCGCAUCUUGCUGAAGAAGGAGAGGGCCGGGCUGAAGGACAGCAAGCUGGACGUGGUGGUCCGCUUCAACGGGAGCACCGAGUCGCUGGACAGCUUGGAGACCGAGGCCAUCUCGCCCACGGUGAGCCAGCUGAGCGCCGUGUUCGAGAGCGGAGCCCACCAGACGAAGGCUGGCGCCCUUGACAAGGCGACCAGGCACGGCUCCUCCUCGCCCAACGCCAAACCCUUGCCCAAGAAGUCAAGGCUGGCUCUCAAAAGUCAACAGGAUGCACUUAAAACAGAGGGCGGGCCCCACAGUGAUGCAGACCUCUCCCUUGAUCUAGCUGGUCCUGGCCAAUUCAGGAGAGAGACCGAGGACCUGCAGACCGAGAGGUCGUUGACUGGCUCCCCAUCCAGAAGCAACCUAGCCAGCAAGCUGGCAUCGUUGGUGAAGCAUGGGGACAGUCUAAAAGAAACAAGGCCUGUGGCCACCUCACAGAAGUCACACAGAGUUGAAGAAGUGAGGAAAAUUCGGCCAGUGGAUGUGGAGGAGGACACUGUAGAGUUGGAGCAGGAAUCUGGACCUACAGAUGAUGGAGAUGAUUUUGAACUUGCCCCCAAGGACUUUCAGCAGGAGGAAGCUGGUACAGAGACUGGUGACCCUCAUUUGGUAGAGACAGACGCACAAGCUCAGGAUGUUAGCUCGGAAAAUGGAGACUUUCUCAAAGAUUCCGUGGAUAAUUUUCAGCCCCUGUCACUGGAUUCCGGAGAGGAGAUUGCACAUCAGAUGGAGGGGUCCCUGUCCUCGAAAGCAGGUUCCUUUGAAGACGGAGAGCAGGCUAAAAAUGACCUUGAUCGAGAGGACCAUUGCAGGAAAACAGAAGACUUUUCUGAGGCAGAUAUGGUGGAUAUUAGCGCCUUCAGUGGGGUUGGCGAUGAGUCGGAAGGAAGUUGUCUGGAUGAUGAUGAAGAUGAUGCAUUUGAACCUGAGAGUGGCUUCUCAGAAAUCACUGGACUAUCCGAUGAAGAGGAACCAGUUCCACACAGGAAGAUUCGAUUCAGCACGGCAUCAAUUAAAGUGUUCACCACCUACUCCAAUGAAGACUAUGACAGACGCAAUGAUGACGUGGAUCCCAUGGCAGCAUCAGCAGAGUAUGAGUUGGAAAAAAGAGUGGAAAGACUGGAUCUCUUUCCCGUGGAACUUGAGAAGGAUGGCGAUGGCCUGGGAAUCAGCAUCAUUGGAAUGGGAGCUGGAGCAGAUAUGGGAUUGGAAAAGCUGGGAAUAUUUGUGAAGACGGUAACCGAAGGGGGAGCGGCUCACAGGGACGGCAGGAUCCAAGUGAAUGAUCUAAUUGUGGAAGUGGAUGGGAUCAGCCUGGUUGGAGUGACCCAGAGUUUUGCUGCCUCCGUCCUGAGGAACACAAAAGGAACGGUCAGGUUUCUGAUCGGACGGGAGAAGCCUGGAGAAACCAGUGAGGUUGCCCAGCUAAUACGUCAAACCCUCGAACAGGAGAGAUGGCAGAGGGAGAUGAUGGAGCAACAUUACGGCCAAUACGUUGAUGAUGAUGAGGAGACAGGAGAGUACGCAACAGACGACGAGGAAGAAGAGAUGAGUCCCAUGUUCGCCAACAACGACAUGGCCAUUGAAGUUUUCGAUCUCGCGGAGAAUGAAGAUAUGCUUUCUCCAGUGGAACUGGAUCCUGAGAAGCUGGUGCUCAAGUUCAAGGAGCUUCAGAUAAAACACGCUGUAACCGAAGCCGAGAUUCAGCAACUGAAAAGAAAGCUCCAUUCGACGGAACAGGAGAAAAUGCGUUGGCGGAUGGAAAAAGUCCAGCUGGAGCAAAGUGUUGAGGAAAACAAGGAGCGGAUGGAGAAGCUGGAGAGUUACUGGAUGGAAGCGCAAACACUCUGCCAGGCAGUGGAUGAGCAUCUGAAGGAGACACAGGCUCAGUACCAGGCACUGGAGAGGAAGUACAGCAAAGCAAAGCGCCUGAUUAAGGAAUACCAGCAGAAGGAAAUAGAGUUUCUGAAAAAGGAAACCGCUCAAAGAAGAACAUUGGAAGAAACUGAAAAUUCACACAAAGAGGAGAUUGAGAAACUUCAGAAUAAGGUAACAGAACUGGAGUCAAGUUUAGAAUCACUGAAGAAUUCCAAUGCAAUUUAGAUAAGAAAAUAGCAUCACAUCACCUGUACUUAAAAUAAACUUUCAUGCAGGAGCAACAGGUCUUGAAAAAUGGACAUUUUUCCUGUUUGUACUCCUCUGAAAGGUUUGUACCAGUUGCACUCAGUGCAAGAGGUUGUGUUUAAGGGAACUUUUGCAUUAUUGUCUUACAUAUAACAGUUUGCCAAGUCACUUUGGAACAGAUGGCCAAAUUGAAUUUGUCCAGUGCAUUAUGAAUGGGCUGCAAUGAACUGGUCUGACUAGAUUGGACUUGUUUCUCAAGUCACAGAACUAGUAAUUUCCCAUUCGGCUUGUUUAGUUUAAAUAAUAUCCAACGGCUCGAACAAAUGAAUGUUCACCAAGGGCAUCCUCGUUUCAAAAGUUAAUUGCAAGGUUUCUGGUGGUGACACGUCCUUGAUGACUCAUUGCUCAAGACUACCAGGAAGUCUAGCUUGCCAUCACGUCAUGAGUGAGAAGGCACAAGUCAAAUCCUUGAAGACAGCGUGUUUUUCUUUCUUGCUACAUGUGUGAUUUGUUUUCACAGAUGUAAUCAUUCUUUGACCUUUCCAUUUUAUUUCAUUCUGUAAUUAAAAGCAUUGCGGCGCCACGUUAACUAAGCUGAUGCCCUUUUAUAUCUGCAUAGUGUGAAGUUACCAGGACCUGUCUUAACAAAGAUUGUCUUUAGAUGUGUAAUUUAAAAAAAAUUAUAAACCAAAUUUCAAUAAUUUGUUUAUGAGCAGGUGAAAAUGAAGUGGAAUAUACAACACAUAUAGAAAAUUUGGAAUGGAAUGUUGAAUGAUUGUCACUGUUAUGGACUAAUGAAGUCAAUGGUUGCAAAGUUAAAGACAAUGAAAAUGUUACGUUUUGCAGUUUUUCUAUUGUACCUAUUCAGAUCUACCAAGCUUUAUCAUUCAUUCCUAUUGUUGUUCAUUGUGCCAUACUUGGUAGAUCUUCCCACUUAUUGCCAUUACAUAUGUACAGAAAAAGGUGGGUGUUUGUGUAGAUGUUUGGCUGAAGCCCUUGUAAUUUGUAGUAUAAAAUGUAUGAACCAGACUGCACUGUACAAAGAACUAUUCCACGGUCCGAUCCGUUUCUGGAGCUGUGUAUUACAGAUGCCAAUGUCUGAUGUUGUGACUGAAUGAAUUCUUCACAGGAUGGAGGAUUCCAGUGCAAGGAAUAUACUUAAUAAACCAUUCCAGCAGAGAA